UUGCUUGCAAUUUGAGCAAUUUAUCAAGCCAUGACUUUGCCUCUUCUUUCUGCCCAAGCCUAAUGCAAACCUUUGCCAACAUCAGCUGAUUGGCAGUAUAGAAACCAGGAUCAACUGAAGAAGAAUUAAAAAAGAGUUUAAGGAUGUGAUGCACAUACCUCUUCAUAAGUGCAUGAUGGUGGGGAUGCAAAAAUUGUUGCUGCUAGUUUCCGUUGAUACCAAGGCAGAUCAGCAAAGGUGAAAAACCUGAGAGCAGAAUUUACUAUCAAAUUCAAAACUAAAAAAAUGAUGAUGAUAAAAUGAAAUUUCCGGUAUAGCAUUGCUUUUUGGGUUUCUUUUACGGCGUCGUUAAAACCUCUCAAACCUUUAGGCACCUUUAGACUCUACACUCACCAACAGACCCACUAAAUGUGCAUGUUUUCUUUCUUUGGCAUAAGGGGCUAAAGAGGGGGGGCUUAAAGAAAUACAACUUAAAAGAGGGGGCUUAAUAGAGCUUUUACAGUAAGAAUUACCCUCAAAUACUGCUCCUUGAAGGAGUACAUUCUAAUCAGAUGCCAAAGUAAGUCAUUUUAUGGAAUACCUGAAUUAUAUUUUAACUUUUAUAAAUUUGAACAGACCUUACCAUACUCCUAGUAAGUAAUGUGAAGUUGCAUCUGAAGGGUUCAACUCGAUUGCUUUCUGUAAUAGAAGAUAGGGGUUAACAGAGAAUCAGAAAGUACCAUAUAAACUGAUUCCUUUGCUAAUUACUGUCACAUUCAACAUAUGGAAUCUGGCUUUGCAAUUUUAAAUUUUUUAGCAACAUUAAGUAGAAUAAGGCCAGAUGUGUAGUGCUAGGAGGCUCAGGGGGCUGCUUAAAAUUGGCAAAUUUCUAUUUGCUAAUUGUUUUUCGUAAUAUUUUGUGCAAGAGCCCUCCUUGUUCUUUUGAUAGCACUGCACCACUGACUUUUGAUAGCAAGGCCAUUAUUUUUUUGCAAACAAAUAACGUGAAAGGCAUGGGAUGGAGAAUCAAACUUGCAUUUGUGCUAUUUCAAGCAAUAAUCUUACCAGGAAAUGAUCUCUUAUUUUGUAAGAAUUUUCUAUCUUCCUUUUUGUUCCUUCAUAGUCUCCAAUUUCACUAAGCAUAAUACCAUACCACUAAUGGGAAAAAGAAGAUAGAUUUCAAGAUUUCAAGAGAAGUUUACUUAUACAUAACAAGCAUCCUAACUCACAAUUAAAAAAGGAAAUUAUUUGGGUCUAAGGCUAAAAAGGUCUAUUUAGACUAGAGACCCAGGGAUCUGUUGUUUGAGCUAAUGAUACGACCAAACUUCCACUUAGAGUGGGGAGAAUUCCAAGCUCUUUGUGAUUUCCAGGCAUUAUUUUGCAAUCAAUCUUGCUGUGAAUGAGACUUUGUUUGCCAAUCAUUAAUGUUGAUACUAUUCAUUUGAGUUAAUUGAGUAAUGCUGAUAAUAAUUUUUUAUAGUUAAGGGUGAAGUUUUAAUUUUAGUAUUGCAUCAUAUGAUUUUUCAUAGAAAGUGCCUCAAGGCAUUCCAAAGUUGACUGCACAAAAACUGGCUUGGACAAGACCAUUGAAUGGCACUCAACAAGUCCUGCUGGAAAAUGUGUUUAUCUACUUAUAUAUUUUUGGCCAGAGAUACUGCGUCUUCUCUACAUGCCCCAAUAUUUUCUUUACAUUGCCGCAUGCUCAGAUAUGACAAUGAGGACAUAUGGAAGUCAAUUCAACGUGAAUGCAACGAAAGAGCUUGGAUAUACCGUCCUUGACAUGAUCUACUGCGAGUGCUUUGAUGCAAUUAUCACUAGUGGAGUAGGCUUCCUUCAGGUAUUCAAACUAGGCCAGUAUCUACAUGAUCCUCCAAUUGCAAUCAAGGAACUGAAACUUCCAGUGAUAAAUAAUGAUAAACCUUGGGUUUUUCAGUUACGUGUAGAUAACAAGAGCAUGGAACUUCUUGCUGUAGGCCAACAAGCAGUGUUUUUCAUAUCUGGAGGCAGCGUGAACGAGCUGCAUUGCAAAAGAGUGCUAAAGAAUCGCCACUCCCAGUCUAUAUCAUGUGCAAUUACAUAUCCAUGCAGGAACUAUAUUAUAACAGGCUCAAAAGAUGGUACGAUCAAAGCUUGGAAUACGACGAUGCAAAGAUUUCCGCUGUUUGGAAGUUUUCAAGGGCAUACGAGGUCGCUUCUCCAGCUGGCAGUUCACAGUAAUGCAGCACUGCUAUUUUCAUUGGCAGCAGACAACAGCAUCCGAAUCUGGGAUAUUGAAACCUUCACAGAAGCCUAUAGAUUGAACUUACAAGAGCCUGUACUGAGUUUUGACCUUAUGAGUCCGACUUCAUUGAUGUACACGACGUAUAAAGAAAUCAGCAUCUGCGAGGUUAACCUGUUCUAUAGCCUCUUUUCGAAUAUUGGUGCCCAGGCCUGUCGGCUGUCACGUGUCUACAGUCAAGAUAUUCCGUCAAGGAUAGUGUACCAAGGAAAGGAUGGGGGAAUUCGACUUGUUUCUCCUGUACACGGAAGCAUCAUAAGCAUGACUUUCCCAGUUAUAGGCCAUCAUCUGAUAAACGUUUUGCAUGACCCAAGAAAUGAUACGAUCUAUGCUGCGUUAGAUGAUGGUAACAUAAUGGUAUUUUCGACAGAGACAAACCCAAACAGCACGAUACAGCUGUGGAAAGCAAAGAACAUUGACCAAAAAGUUUCCUCUCUGGAAUCACUGGAGUCGACAAUACUCAGCAACGAUCCAAGGUUGCCCUUGACAACUCUUCUCUUUGGUGGCCAUCUUAGCGGAUGCAUCAGUUUGCUGAAAGGGCAAAAUUUUCAUUUUGUUCCGGUCAAAGGGCACCAAGGAAGUGUAACGAUGAUUAGGUCUAGGAAGCACUCUGGCGAUGGCUGCUUUAAGACAGCUGCUGAAAUUGUCAGUUAUGGCACAGACAAUAUCAUCAACGUGUGGAAUGUCAGAAUCAAAAUUGCAGAAAAUGAGGAGCCACAUGAGCUAGAAUUUCGCAUCGUUUUGCAAAUUAGCAUGACCGAUCAUCCGAUGGAGCUGCUUCUGGCCAAUGAAGUAUUUAUUGUCUCUACGAAGAAGCAUGUGGCUUAUCACAUUUUGCCGCAGAGAAUCAAAGGGAAGAGUUAUAUGACAUAUAAUCAAGCCGACUUUUUGUCGAGUUCGACGAGACAUGUGCAUUCUGGAAACAUAAACCAGAUUUGCUGCUGUGAGUCACUUUCGAUCAUUGCAACAAGCGGAAAGGAUCGCCAUGUGCGUAUUUGGGAUCUACAGAACAACUUGAUCAAAGAGCUGUGUUUUGAUGACGAUGUUGAAGGCAUAUGCUUUGCCAAUGACAGGGCUGACUUGCUUAUUGCUAUUAAGGGAAACUUGUACCACGUUCCGUCAUGGCAUUGCCUGAAUCAUCACUACAUGAAUAAAUUGUUAGAAAUGGACUUAAAAGAUGACGUCACUGAAAAAUGCAUUGCGUUUGAUCCACUGCUUAAGUUUUGGUAUGAUGACUUCUGGGUGCAGAAAAUACCCAUCGGUCGAACAAAUACGACCAACAGUCGUCGGGUUGGACAGAAGUCUAUUGGUCUUACAAUGGAGGACUACACUCGCCUGAAGACAGUCUUGCUCUUUAGCACCAAGUUCCAGUGUGAAGACAUCGACGAACUUUCAUUUAUAUUCAAUGACCGGCUCACCAAAAGGCGCCAAACGGCAUUAAGAAUCGACCAAACGGAGCUAUCCAUUAGAAGAAAUACGAAAGCAGCAAUUGGUCCUUUACUACCAAGCAACUCUUUGUCAACAUCUAACGAUUCCGAUUCCACAGGACAAAAGUCUGAUAGCAUUCUUGAAAUCAACAGUACGAAUAAACCUGUUGAAAACCGACGCGUUUCAGAAGAGCCUUUUAAACAUGAAGUAAGUAAGGAGCAAGCCAUGACAUUCAUUACUUGUAGUUGCAGUAGUACGGAACGCAUUGGUGAUAUUGCGAAAGGACACGACUCGACUGUGUACGGAAAAGGGGCCUACAAGCACAGUGUGGCUUGCCUUCCAAAAUUCUGGCCCUGUGCUCCGGAUGGAUUUUUACCCAACUCCGUCGUGAGAAACAUCAUCAAGCCAAUUGCACCGCGGGACUAUUCUGCACUUAUCAAAGAGUUGGACGCCAAAGAUACUAGUGCGAAGCUAGCUCAAGUGAUCUUCGACAUAUCAAGAUUUCCAAAGUUGAUAAAAAGUGAAGAAGAGAUUCAGAUUGCAUCUGUGUCCCCAGAAAAUCCAAGUGAAGGGGCUUCUAUGAAUGAAUAUCGAAGGCGUUUGCUUUUAAGUGAUGAUGAUUCUGAUGAUGACUUCACUGAACUUGAGAAUGAAGACGAGCUAGAAGAAGCCACAUGCUUGCUUUCAAAAAGUCCGGAAGUUCCUAACGACAUUUUACUUGCAAUAAAUGAGAAGAAAAGCAUUCUUAAAGGAGGAAAGGGUGUGGAAACUGAAAAAUCAACAAAAAAGCCAACAAUGAAAAAGAGAAAUAGUGUAAGAGUUAAAACUGACAAGGAGAAAUUUAAGGAAAAAAAGAAAGAACCAAAGGCUUCAAAAAGCAAAAAGCAAGACUCGACAGUUACUAAGCAACCAAAACCAGAAGUAAUCCCUGAAAGUACGUCAUUACCAACACCGACGAAGAAGGUUUUGAAUGACAUAGAGAUGGUGGAAACGUCCAACGCUGGCCUUGGAGUCAUCGAGAAGUCAGUUCACAUGGUACUUCAGAAAAGAAUGGACAAAGACUGGUUUCCAAGGAACAUUGAACUGAAUGCCACCAACGUCGUUAGAGAGAGUAUAAAGAGGCUUAGUGGAAAGGAUGCAAUCACAGUACGAGAAAUUUGUGCCCUUCUCGUUGACAUCAAAAAGUAAGUAAAAUGUUGAAGAUUCACCGAAAGGAGUUUUCUGUAAACAGAGGGAUGAUUCUUGGGGCUGGUAAAAGAGAAGAUGAGCGUGAAAGUAAACCUGAUUUCAACUAAAACCAUUCAAUGAAACAUUUCAUAGUUUGCAAAGAAAUAUGACACAGCCGAGCCUUUGACUCAAGGAAUUUCAAGAUAUUAAAAUGACCGAAAGAUAGUUGAUUUUCCUUCUUAAAAAUACUGACUCGAUAUUGCAUUUACGGGUUAUGCUGGCUCUUGUAGCCCGAGCUAUAUAACACCAACAUUGUGAUUCAGGUUAAAGAUUUCUAUUUAGUGACUGUAGACUUUAAUAGAAUUUGCAACUGGAGACGCAGUUUAUUUUGUUCAUGAAGCAAUGUAAUAUAAUCAUCCCGAUUGUCUAUGCACCGAAUCAAUGACAACCUUCAACUUUGCUCUUUUGAGAGUAGCGUUUUGGUGGGA